GUGCAGUGCUAAAGUCUGCCACCAUGAUGGAUGAGUCACACAUUCCAGAAACCAGUGUCGACUGUACAGACAGACUGAUGUAGACGGACAGUUCAGAACAGAGAAGUCACAAUGGCGAACUGUUGCUGUGAGUUCUUCCUUAGGUGUUGUAAGAAAAAGUCGAAAAAAUUGAAACAAACUGAACAAGUUGUGGAAGAGAGAAUAAGUCUUUCUGCUGUUGAACUUCAGCAGAUGAAAGAUGCUCUCGAACAAAAAGAAAAGGAGCUUGAAUCAGUCAAUAAAAGACUGAUUGAAGAAAGGACUACUCAUAAAAAGAAAAUCCAGGAGAUCAGAUCUGACCUAAGACAGAAAGAAGAAGAACUGAAAUCAGUCAAUAAAAGGCUGGAAUCACAAGACAAUGAGCUCCAGAUUAUGAGGGGAAAAGAAAAAGAAUUGAAUUCAGCCAAUCAAAGUCUGACUGAAACAAAGACAUCACUAGAAAAUGAGCUCCAACAAGUAAAGUUGAACCUUAAACUAAAAGAAGAAGAACUGGAAUCAGAGAAGAAAAGACUGACUGAAACAGAGACUUCUCAUGAAAAGAAGAUGCAGAUUAUGAGGGAAAAGGAAAAAGAAUUGAAGUCGUCCAAUCAAAGUCUGACUGAAACAAGGCCAUCACUAGAAAAUGAUCUCCAGCAAGUAAAGUCAAACUUUAAACAAAAAGAAGAAGAACUGGAAUCAGAGAUUAAAAGAUCUGACCUAAGACAGAAAGGAGAAAAACUGAAAUCAGUCAAUAAAAGCCUGGAAUCACAAGACAAUGAGCUCCAGAUGAUGAGGGAAAAGGAAAAAGAAUUGAAGUCGGCCAAUCAAAGUCUGACUGAAACAAAGACAUCACUAGAAAAUGAUCUCCAACAAGUAAAGUUGAACCUUAAACUAAAAGAAGAAGAACUGGAAUCAGAGAAGAAAAGACUGACUGAAACAGAGACUUCUCAUGAAAAGAAGAUGCAGAUUAUGAGGGAAAAGGAAAAAGAAUUGAAUUCAGCCAAUCAAAGUCUGACUGAAACAAAGACAUCACUAGAAAAUGAGCUCCAGAAAGUAAAAUCUGACCUAAGACAGAAAGGAGAAAAACUGAAAUCAGUCAGUGAAAGCCUGGAAUCACAAGACAAUGAGCUCCAGAUGAUGAGGGAAAAGGAAAAAGAAUUGAAUUCAGCCAAUCAAAGUCUGACUGAAACAAAGACAUCACUAGAAAAUGAUCUCCAACAAGUAAAGUCAAACUUUAAACAAAAAGAAGAAGAACUGGAAUCAGAGAUUAAAAGACUGACUGAGAGAGAGACUUCUCAUGAAAAGCAGCUACAAGAGAUGAGGAAAAGGGAAAAUGAACUGAAGUCAGCCAGUCAAAGUCUGAUUGAAACAAAGACAUCACUUGGAAAUGAGCUGCAUCAAGUGAAGUUGAACCUUAAACUAAAAGAAGAAGAACUGGAAUCAGAGAAGAAAAGAUUGACUAAAACAAAGACAUCACUAGAAAAUGAUCUCCAUAAAGUGAAAUUUGACCUAAGACAGAAAGAAGAAGAACUGAAAUCAGUUUCUGACAGACUGGAUGAAACAAAAACUGCUUAUGAAAAUGAUCUCCAUGAGAUGAAAUCUGCUUUAAGAGAAAACGAAGAACUAAAAUCAGAGAUUAAAAGACUGACUGUGGAAAAGAAUAUUCAUGAAAAGGAGAUCCAAGACAUGAGGAAUAAAGUAGCAGAACUGGAGUCAGACAAUAAAAGACUGAGUGAAACAAAGACAUCACAAGAAAAUGAGCUGCAGCAAGUGAAAAAUAAAGUAGCAGAACUGGACUCACUCAAUAAAAGACUGACUGAGACAGAGACGUCUUAUAAAAAGGAGCUCAGUAAAAUGAAAUCUGAUCUAAGACAGAAAGAAGAAGAACUGAAAUCAGUCAAUAAAAGGCUGGAAUCACAGGACAAUGAGCUCCAGAUGAUGAGGAAAAAGGAAAAAGAAUUGAAGUCGGCUAAUCAAAGUCUGACUGAAACAAAGACAUCACUAGAAAAUGAUCUCCAACAAGUAAAGUCAAACUUUAAACAGAAAGAAGAAGAACUGGAAUCAGAGAUUAAAAGGCUGGAAUCACAGGACAAUGAGCUCCAGAUUAUGAGGGAAAAGGAAAAAGAAUUGAAGUCGUCCAAUCAAAGUCUGACUGAAACAAAGACAUCACUAGAAAAUGAUCUCCAACAAGUAAAGUUGAACCUUAAACUAAAAGAAGAAGAACUGGAAUCAGAGAAGAAAAGACUGACUGAAACAGAGACUUCUCAUGAAAAGAAGAUGCAGAUUAUGAGGGAAAAGGAAAAAGAACAGAAGUCGUCCAAUCAAAGUCUGACUGAAACAAAGACAUCACUAGAAAAUGAUCUCCAACAAGUAAAACUGACUGUGGAAAAGAAUAUUCAUGAAAAGGAGAACCAAGACAUGAGAAAUAAAGUAGCAGAACUGGACUCACUCAAUAAAAGACUGACUGAGACAGAGACGUCUUAUAAAAAGGAGCUCAGUAAAAUGAAAUCUGAUCUAAGACAGAAAGAAGAAGAACUGAAAUCAGUCAAUAAAAGGCUGGAAUCACAGGACAAUGAGCUCCAGAUGAUGAGGAAAAAGGAAAAAGAAUUGAAGUCGGCCAAUCAAAGUCUGACUGAAAUAAAGACAUCACUAGAAAAUGAUCUCCAACAAGUAAAGUUGAACCUUAAACUGAAAGAAGAACUGGAAUCAGAGAAGAAAAGAUUGACUAAAACAAAGACAUCACUAGAAAAUGAUCUCCAUAAAGUGAAAUCUGACCUAAGACAGAAAGAAGAAGAACUGAAAUCAGUUUCUGACAGACUGGAUGAAACAAGAACUGCUUAUGAAAAUGAUCUCCAUGAGAUGAAAUCUGCUUUAAGAGAAAACGAAGAACUAAAAUCAGAGAUUAAAAGACUGACUGUGGAAAAGAAUAUUCAUGAAAAGGAGAUCCAAGACAUGAGGAAUAAAGUUGCAGAACUGGAGUCAGACAAUAAAAGACUGAGUGAAACAAAGACAUCACAAGAAAAUGAGCUGCAGCAAGUGAAGUCUAACCUCAAACAAAAAGAAAAUGAACUACAAUCAAUUAAUAAAAGACUGGCUGAGACAGAGACUUCUCAUAAAAAAGAGCUCCAUGAAUUGAAAUCUGACCUUAAACAAAAAGAAGAAGAACUGAUAUCAGUUUCUGACAGACUGACUGUGGAAAAGAAUAUUCAUGAAAAGGAGAUCCAAGACAUGAGGAAUAAAGUUGCAGAACUGGAGUCAGACAAUAAAAGACUGAGUGAAACAAAGACAUCACAAGAAAAUGAGCUGCAGCAAGUGAAGUCUAACCUCAAACAAAAAGAAAAUGAACUACAAUCAAUUAAUAAAAGACUGGCUGAGACAGAGACUUCUCAUAAAAAAGAGCUCCAAGAAGUGAAAUCUGACCUUAAACAAAAAGAAGAAGAACUGAUAUCAGUUUCUGACAGACUGGUUGAAACAAAAACUGCUUAUGAAAAUGAUCUCCAUGAGAUGAAAUCUGCUUUAAGAGAAAACAAAGAACUAAAAUUAGAGAUUAAAAGACUGACUGUGGAAAAGAAUAUUCAUGAAAAGGAGAUCCAAGACAUGAGGAAUAAAGUAGCAGAACUGGAGUCAGACAAUAAAAGACUGAGUGAAACAAAGACAUCACAAGAAAAUGAGCUGCAGCAAGUGAAGAAAAAGGAAAAAGAAUUGAAGUCAUCAAAUCAAAGUCUGACUGAAACAAAGACAUCACUGGAAAAUGAGCUCCAGCGAGUAAAAUCAAUUUUAGGACAAAAUGAGGAAAAAGUGAGAUCACUAAAUCAAAGUUUGACAGACAUUGAGAAAAAUCUCAUUGUGACAGAAACCUCUCUGAGACAAAAACAACAAGAACUCACUUCCUUCAAAGACAGAAUGGAAGGACUGUUAUUUGUUUCCAAACCUGCUGCAGAAACUGAUGACCAUCACAAGCAGAAAUUAGAGGAAACAAUAUCUGCUCUAAGAAACAAAGAAGAAGAAUUUAAAUCGUUGAAUGAAAGGCUUACCAAAACAAAGGCAUUACAUGAAAAUGAUCUUUAUCAUAUGAGAUCUGAACUGAAACAAAAAGAGGAAGAAGUGAAAUCCCUCAAACAGAGACUGCAGGAAUCAGCACAUGUGAGAUCCAGCCCCCAGCGUUGUAACCCACAAGGAUGUGAACACAAAGAAAGUAUGACUCAGAUGGAGAAGUUUUACAAAGAGAAGCUCAUAAAGGCCCAAUCUGAAACAGCCAAAAAACAGAAAGAACUGAAAUCCAUGAAAGACAGGCUGGCAGAACAGAUUGCCUCUUCACUAAAAACAGGAGACACUGAGAGCAUGAACAACCCGGUCAGUAAAACCAGACUGACUGAGAUGUACGACAACCUGAAACUGCUGCAGUGGCCUAAAGUCAAAGAUCAGCUGAAGUCCAGGAAGAUCAACUCAAAGGAGGCCAAAGAUCUGAUUCAGAAAACAUUUGGAAAUGCAUCAGAUGAAAUGAAGAGAAGGAAGCAGCAGAUAGAAGAAAUGUUCCCACAGUCGGAGUCCAGCGGUGGACUGACUCCUCAGAAGGUUAAAGAGUACAGACAGCUCACAGUUCAGAACCUGCAGAUGACUCUGUUUCACACCAACAAAGAAGAACUUCUGAAGACUGGUUUCCCAGAAUGUUUAGGUGAAUUUCCAGAGGAAGUGAAGGUGGAUCUGAGACCUCUGACCUCUGAAUGCUACUGGCUGAGCUGUUUGAUGGCUCUAAACAAUCCUCCUCUUCAACCGGACUGGAAGAACCAUGUUCCUGGGUUUGACUCUUCCUGGGAUAUUUUUCCUCGAGAAAUCAAACCAUCUGUCAUCUAGAAGAAGCAGAUGCAGCAAUGAGGAAAACCAAUUCUGAAAUCACUUCUUGUUUUUAAAAUAUUUUAUUAAGGGUAUUUGUUCAUGUGGGGUUUCAUUUGUAUAACAUAAAGGAAUAAAUUUGAAAAAAAGGGUAAUUCUUUCAACUUUUAAGCAGGAGUUUUUACAGGGAAACAUAGCAGCUGUAUUUUAAUACCUGGAGUUUUUUUCCAUAUCUUUAUUUUUUCUGCACUCUGAGGAUUCUUAGAAAACACAUCAUGUUAAUAUAUAUAUUAGCCUUCAAAUGCAUCUUCUGCAGAUAGUUUUGUAAUCUGAAAUGUUUGUGAAAGUGAGUUGAAUUUUGUUCAAGUCAAGAUACCAAUCCAUGAUCAGAGAGAUACUGGAAACCAACAAACCAGCAAACAAAAUCCCUCUGGAUGGUUAUUGUCCCUGCAAUCAGCAAUAAGAUUGUCUGUAGAUGUUGACUUCAGAGAUCUAAUCCAAGUCUUCCAAAUAAACACCUCUUACUUAUA